GCCCCAGGUGUGUGUGAGAUCCUCUCUUCGAAUUCAUUCCCGGCGCAGGGAGGCCAGCAGCCCGAGCCUGGGGGGAGUUUCUCAUCCACGGUUUAAUGCCCAGUAAUGCCCCAUCCAGGAAGAAGCUCUGUGAUGCGUGAGUCGUGAGUUUGCUCAAGCAAGUCAGACCCUUCCCACGGAAUAACUAGACCUGAGGACUAGGAUGGAAGAGCUGGCACCAGUAGAAGGCCAUGGCCAGCUCCCAAGCCCCCACCAGGGGUCUCUCAGGAAGGCCGUGGCUGCUGCCCUGGCCCUGGAUGGGGAAUCCACGAUGGGUCGCAGGAAAAAGAAGAGGAAAGAGUCCCGCCCAGAAUCUAUCAUCAUCUACCGGUCAGAAAAUGACAAACUGGAGGAGGAGCCCGGGGAACUAGAAGGUGGAGACCAGCCUAAAGAAGAGGAGGGAGAUGAUUUCCUAGACUAUCCUGCGGAUGAUGGUAUGUGGAACAUGCCCAUGGACAGCCGCUAUGUCACAUUAACUGGGACCAUCACACGAGGAAAGAAAAAGGGCCAGAUGGUGGACAUCCAUGUCACACUGACGGAGAAGGAGCUGCAAGAAUUGACCAAACCUCAAGGGUCAUCGAGGGAGAUAACACCUGAAGACAGAAAGGCCUGCCAAAUGGGAGCAGACCGUGGGCCACAUGUGGUCCUCUGGACGCUGGUCUGUCUGCCUGUGGUCUUUAUCCUCUCUUUUGUUGUCUCUUUCUACUAUGGCACUAUCACCUGGUACAACAUCUUCCUUGUGUACAACGAGGAGAGGACCUUCUGGCACAAGAUCUCGUGUUGCCCUUGCCUCAUUCUCUUCUAUCCAGUGCUCAUCAUGGCCAUGGCCUCUUCCCUGGGCCUCUAUGCCGCUGUGGUCCAGCUCUCAUGGUCCUGGGGAGCAUGGUGGCAAGCUGCCCGGGACAUGGAGAAGGGCUUCUGCGGUUGGCUCUGCAGCAAGCUAGGUCUGGAGGACUGUUCUCCCUACAGCAUUGUAGAGUUGCUUGAAUCUGACAAUAUUUCAGGCAAUCUCUCCAACAAGGACCCUAUCCAGGAAGUAGAAACUUCCACUGUCUAAACUUCCAACAUCGUAUGUUCUUCUCUCGUCCCAGUAGCCUAUAUGCUGUCUUCCAAUUGCAGAAGAUUCUUUCUUUAAAUUAGCCCCCUACCUCUCACAAUUCUGGAAAAUUGUAGCCCACAUUCUUCGGUUCUACCAUCUUGGUGGUUCCAGGAGCGCAGGGAACAGAAAAGCAAUUUAUGCCAAAGCUGUCUAUCCAUGGAUGAAUUCUCAUUUCCUGCCCUAAAAUGACCAUUGAUCUGGGACAAGGAGCUCAGUUCUAAGUUCAGGAGUUUGAAGAUGUUACUGGUGCCUGGAAACCAGGGGAGUAUGUGACUAAAUGUGACAGGGGAAAAGGGAGACUCCAGGAAGACCAAGUUCACCAAAAAGAUAAUAAGUAGGAUGGAGAGAAACACUUAGGACAGGGCUACCACAGUGCAGCAGGAUGUGAAGAUUUUUGUGGAUUACUUAGAUUUUAAUAUAGUGGCAUGUAAUGCAAAUUCUAAAAUAUCAGUGGUUUAAACAGGAUAGAAGUUUCAUUCUUUCUUGUGCAGAAGUCUGGAGGCCGACCAUGCGGGUACCUGACCAAGUCAUCCAAAUCCCAGGCUUUACUCCCCUACCAUUAGGAUGUAGCCCUUCGUCCUUGUAAGGAGACUUCGGGGAAGUCUCACUCAACACUUCCUAUCUUUCAUUGGCCAGGCCUUGGUCACAUGACCUCACAGGCGAAAGAGGCUGGGAAAUGUAGUCUUUUAGUUGGGCAGCUAUAGUCUACGCAAAAUAUUUGGGUUCUGCUAAUUUAAGCAAAAAAAGGAAACAUGGCUAUUUUGGUAGGCAAAAAAGAGUCUCUGCCUCCUGGUAAUUAUUUAAAUAUAUUCAGAUCCCAAACUGCUAAUAUAGUUGUAUUUAUUUAUUUAUUUAUUUAUUUAGGACUGAAUGUUACAUAGAGAAUUUAUACAUAGACACUAGCUACAUAUACUGUGUAUAUGCUACCAAUAGAUGUUAGCAGCUCUUGUACUUUGCAAUUAGUCUGUAAUGUCAUGUGGUUUCAGGGUUUUUAGAAAGGAAGAGUGAAGAGUUGGAAUAUAAUUAGUAGCAUAACUUUUUCCCUGGUAGUGAAGGCAGGACUGGGGAAUGAUAGUUAAUAUAAUCUACAUAUUAAAGACUGUGGAGGGAGGGCUUGCAAACUUCACCCAACAGGUUUCAGUAGCCCUAAGUGCUCAAAGACAGGAUUAGCCUUCUGUUGUUUGGCAAGACCUCACAGCCUCACUCACUCAGACCCUGCUGGAAUAUCUUGGCUGUGCUGUGAAACUUGUGUCCUCCUGGCCACUAAGGGGUGUACACCAGAUGAAUCUAGAUUCAUAGAAUCUGAACUUUUUUUUCUAUUUAAAUUUAUUCCAGAGGCUAAUUUCAAAAAAAAUCAAAUCCCAAGAGAUGAAGUGGUUUUUUUUUGUUUGUUUUUUUUUUUUUUCAGGUUUGGGUCUUUACAAGAACAGCUGAUGCCCAUUUCUUGUUCAUGUCUCAGGAAGAAGCUGUGUUAAGAACUGUGAAUCAAACCAGAUGGGUCAAUAGUGUUCUCCCACCGAAGGACAGGGACAUUUACCUAAAGUAUGUUGAACAUCAUUUUCAGAAGAACGCCCUUUAAAAACAACAACAACAACUAUUAUUAGUUUCACACAAAACAAAACUGCCCAGCAUUUUUGAAAGUAACCUUGGUGCUCUCUGGUGCUUUUGCAAAAAUGUAAACAAUUGAAACGAAGACAAAGAAAAUAAAAAUAAAAUUGAAUUAA